CCUUGUAUGAGGUUGGCACGCCCAUAGCCUUAGACCCAAAUCGUCCUUGCCAUAACAUUACGCCUACUAGAGGAGAAGUGCAUUAGACUGCCGCCAUAUAGCAGAAUUGGGAGGAACUGGUUGCUGAAAGCAUGCUUGACCAAGCGUAGAGCUAAAACGCUGCCCGCAGGCAUUUGAGGAUCCAUAAGUUAUCUUCGUUUCGAGAAACCCAGAAAAUUGUGGGAGCUCCCGCUUUGCGUCGGUCCGCGUGGAUUGCCAGCACGAUCCGAGUUUGACUCGUUUGAGUCAGUACCUUUUACGACAAAGCAUACAACCACACAACUUACCGCUCUCCUGCUAUUGCUAAUAUCAUCCAAUAGCUGCCUUUUACAUAAUACUCUUAACUUUAAAACUAUAGUCCUAAAUCGUAGCGCUGUUGUAAACCUCACACGGAUGCUGUCCGCUGCGCUACGAGGCACGCCUCCUGUUACUAUAGGAAGUCAGUCAACGUCACUGCAGCCAAGGUUGCCACCUGUGCUACAGCAGCCGCAGCCGCCAUCUCGCACUGUGUUGUCGUCCAGUGUUUCCUCGUUAGAGGAGCCGCUUUUUGAGAGCCCCCGCGCCCCGACCGUCGGCGCUCCAAUUGCUACAGUUUCUGCGGCGCAAGCUGAUGCAGAUGCGGAUGCUUUCGACACCGGUGAUGAACUGGAAGGGGACGUUUUUGGAGCAGCCGAUGAUUUGGACGAUGGCCCGUCAGCGCGCUCAAGCCAAACCCAUCCUUCUCAUCAUUUGUUCCUAAGCACACCGGGUGCUCCGGGGCCUUUGGCUUCUUCUGUCACUGCUUCGACGCCGGUGACCCUGCUAAGCGCGGGUCCGUCCGGAGAGUUCACAAUCGGACAAGCAGCAAUGGGCGCGAAAGGAAGCAUAGGAGACUUGCAGGCCGAACUUGAGCAUCUCACGUCUUGUGGAGGGGGAAGGGUAUCCAGACCAAUUGGCAUUCCGCGGGCGGCGCCUUUCAUGUCGUCCACCUACCACCCAGCAGCUGGCGCGUUCAUGCAGGGCUUUGUGCCUCCGCAUGAAAUCGCAGCGGCUUCCGUACGGGAUUCCGACCCCAUGAUCAUGCACAGCCACCGACACAAGAGCACUGCUGAGCGGCUGCGCACGGCAGUGUUUGAGCAGACGGGCUUCAUGAGCGUGACCACCGCGGCCGCCUUCCUGCAAACCAGCCAAAUGGCGCAGCCCAGUAGGCGUUCUUAAGCUCAGCUCGCAGAAGAAAACUGGAAAUGAACACUUUAAUCAUGUUUGGGUUAUUGGCGGCAAAGAAAAUGCGAGGGCUGUUGAAUUAAUACUCGAGACAGGCCUCAGCUUGCGGAUGGAGGUCGGAGCGGUGGUUAAACCGGUGCGUUAUGCGGAAGUGCCGCUGCUUUUGGUGGAGUAUUGUACUGUAAAAAAACUGUGUUGAGGCCACUUCUUGGACCAUCGUUGGCCCUUGAGGAGUGGAGCUCAUUUGUACCUUCUUGUGUUCCCCAGAGGCAUCGUGUUGCAGUACGCAAAAAUACGGCAGUACGUGAUGUUGCACCCGUACGACCGUUUGGCAGUUGUAAAGUAGGACACGGCGGUGGAAUUGCGCCCGCGGCGCCCGCACCUACUGUAGCCGUUGUCACGGUGGGUAGAUUAGGAGUGUGUGCGCGUCUUCUUCGUAUCGUUUUCACGUGAUGAUGAAUGAACCCAGACAGAAAGGAACAAUACGCCGUUGUUUUCGGCGUUGUUGACGUUUGUAAGGUAAGGAGAGAGAGUAGAGAGAAAGGGUGAAAGGUCAUAGGUUUGGCAGACUGUGGUUGGUCUGUCGCUACAGGCUCUUCGGCGGACUUUGCCGGUGCGGCGCAAGAGGUUGUGCGGCUUGUGUCUCUUUUCUUCUUUUAUAGUGUUACGUCGAGUUUGUUAGACAAGUAUGCCAGUGACGUCACUCAUUGCAGAAGGUGUUUUUCAGUUUCAUAAGAGGAGGUUUCCCAAUUGCUAACCAAGUUUGGCAAGACUGCGAUGGCUCUCAAAUGCUGCGAAGCCUGGGCCCCUUCUUGUGGCGUGGGUGUUUGGUUGUGUAUUUGGUAGUAGGGUUACUGAUCAGCUGAGGAGUGGAGAUGGAAUAGUACGCCAAAGACGUGCGGGGGCAUGCUUGAUAUCGUAUACCGUAUUGCGUCCUAGUAGCACAGGAGGCAUAGAGCCAAACAGCUGGGUAGUUCGCUCCGUUCUUUGCUGGAGAGGACGCGAACUGAAACCGCUGAUGACCCCUAACCGUAUUUUGUUGUGGGGUUCCAUUGCCCCUUGGGGUCCUCGGUAUCGGGGCCCCGUGGACGAGAGAGCGGGUUGGGCUCAUGUGCGACAGGUGGUGCACGUGCGCGCCUGGGAGGGGGUGUGCCUUCACGUGCUCAUGACGUUACAGUCAUAAAUUGCUUGCAGAGUUGUGUUUUACGGUGGUGGUGGUGGCGGCAGCGGCGGGUGCGAUACGAUGCGCUGUACAGUCGGGGGGGCUUUCCUUGCCUGGCAUACAAACAACGCGUUUCUUGGUUGCAGCCAGCGGUGCACAAAGGCACAUGCAUUGUUGCUGCUGUUGCGCCUUAUCCGCACGACUCUUGCUGCUAUUGCCAGCACACCCGUAUUGAUUCUUUCCCUUUAUGGAUUCGCGAGGUGGCGCCUUAAGGUCCUUACCAACUGUCGUGUCCGCCAAGAGUGCUGAGGCGCGAUAGGAGGGGUGACUUUUUAUCUGUUGAUGCAUGUGCAGUGUUGGUUUUUGGAUGGUGGCGUCUCCUAACUCCCUCAUCACGAGCCAGCGUUUGGGAGGGAACGUAGCCCUCAAUGGGUUAAAAUAUCUUUUUUCAUCGCAAGUUAAUAAGCAUGUUGCGUGUUUCUUUGCCGCCAUGCAACGGAGUGCUCGAAAACAGGCCGCGCCGUACUGCGAGAGGCCCGCUGGUUGUUGCGGUAAAUGCCUGGUAGCUCUGGCGGCCUCACGAGCGAGCAUGCAUAUGAGGGCGUACCAGGUUGUUAGGUGGGGCAUACGCACCCGCGCUCCGCUUUGUUGCACAGCAUUACACGGACAUUACGAGCGUCAUUGCAAGGAUCCUGACGCUGAUCGUUUUGUGCAUUGUAUGGCCAUGUAAAGCUGUCGAAUCUCU